AUGUUCAGUAAAUUUCCGAAGAAGAAAAAUUGGCAACAGAAGUACUGCAUACUUUUUAACGCUAGUAAACAGGGUAUAGAAAGGUUGGAAAUUUAUGAAAACAAGGAAGAUGUUUCGUUAGGAUCUAUACCCAAAAUAAUAACCCUUGAAAACUGCAUUAAAAUAACACAUUCUAGUCCUAACACUAUUACCAUAUUAACUAAGUCAAUCACUCAGCAAGUGAGCACCCAAUCAGAAACAGAAACUUUAGAAUGGGUCACAGCUCUCCAGUCAGUCGCUUUUAAGAGUACAGAUUCUAUUCCAAUAAGUUGUGAUGAAGAUAAUGAUCUGUACUGUUCAUCAGGAGAAGGUGUCUUCUCAGUUAAAAUGUGUCAGUCUGAGGCAUCAACCAGGUGUGGCUUAGAACCAAUUAGAUACCUUCUGUUACUCACAUCAACGUCAAUAGAUCUCAGGGACUUAAAUGAUAACAAGCUAUAUGCGACAUGGCCAUACCGAUAUAUAAGGCGUUAUGGCUACAGACAGGGUAAGUUUACAUUUGAAGCUGGAAGAAAAUGUGACACUGGAGAAGGUAUUUUCCAUUUGGAGCAUCCUAACCAAUCGGAAAUUUUCAAAUGCCUUUCGCUUAAAAUGAAAACUAUGAAGCAAUCAAUUGGUAAUGAAAGCAUGAACAGUCCAGAGCAUACUGAAUUCAAUAUACAGCCAAAUGCAAAUUUAUUCCCUGGAUCUAGAAGCCCCUUAGUUGCUGCAAGGCCUGAUGAUUUAAAUCUCAGCUCUUUGUCAUUCAAAACUAGCUCUGUAUCGAGUCAACAGACUUCAGUAUCUGAAAGAGACACAGCACCUUUACUCAUGCCAAAACCAGCGCUUAAACCCAAGCCACAGAAGCCUCCUCGUAAAAUUAUUAAUAUCCAUAAACCUAUUAAUAAGGACCCACUAUCUUCAACUGAUGAAAGCAUUGACUUUGGCAGAUAUAAAAAACUUGAAAAUUAUGAGACAAUUGAUCAAGGUAAACCUCAAAGUCAGCCAUUAGUGCCAUAUGACAAAGUCGAAGUACGUAGUGAAGCAUGGAAAACCUUAGGUAUUGAUGAUCCAGAUCACACUGAAUUUACUCCAAAUUUAGCAGAUAACCCUAACUGCAUGAAACUUAUAUCAAGAUCUCAGGAUAAUUUGAACAGCACCGGACCAGAAUCUUCAAGAAUCAUACUUUUACCACUUAGUCCAGAAGAUGAGAACUAUGACAGAUUGCAAUACUUUGGAUCAACUAGUAAAUUAAAUAAGUCUUCCCGCUACAAAAAAGUAGAGGCUCGUCCGACAACAUUAGCCCUUAGCGAGCCAAAGAAUAAGGACACAUGGAAUGAUUAUGAUGAAGUUGAAAAUGUCAUGCAGACAGCCAGAUUAGCGGAUGACUCUCAUUUGGGCUAUGGUAUGAUUCGGAAACCAAACACACCUGGGCCACAAGUGCCUACUGCGGCCCAGGUUCAAGCUUUACAGAAUCAGGUAGGUUUGGAGGAAAUCAACCAUAACAAUUUGAAUGGUACAGACUAUGCAAUUGUAAGCCGUCCAAAAAGGGUA